AUGUUUGUUAAGCUCUCUGUCAUCCUAGGCAUUGCUGCUCUCUGCCAUGCUGCCCCUUCUCCUCUCAGGCAUGUUCUCCACGAAAAGAGAGCAGUCGAAAGUCGAGACUGGAUCAAGGGCGACAGGCUCGAGAAGACUGCAAUUGUGCCAAUGAAGAUUGGCCUCACGCAGUCUAACCUGGAAAAGGGCUACGACUACCUCAUGGAUGUCUCAGAAGCACACUCGGAGAACUACGGGAAACAUUGGACUCCAGAGCAAGUGCAUGACGCGUUCGCUCCCAAGGAAGAGACAGUUGCAAGCAUCACUCAGUGGCUCACAGACUCGGGCAUCGCGCACAACCGAAUCGUGCUCUAUGAAAACAAAGGCUGGAUCGCCGUCGAUGUGACUGUCCAGGAGAUUGAGGAUCUUCUCAAGGCCGAAUUCUACGAACACGGCCAUAGCAGAACAUCCAAAAUCAGGGUCGGAAGUGAGAGGUACCAUGUUCCCGAGCAUCUCACUUCUCACAUUGACUACAUUACUCCUGGAAUCAAGCUCUCCCCAGUUAUCAAGCGCACUGUUGAGCGAAAGACCAAGCGCGACUUCCACUCUGUCCAUGCACCAAUUCACGCCAGCGUACCAGCUGAGGAGCAUUCCAGCGCCAUCUCCGCUGCUGCCGCUGCUCUUCCACCUGCUCUCCAGAAUUGCAGCACCGACGUGACUCCGGAUUGCAUUCGAGCCCUCUACAGUAUCCCCGCCAACCCACCAGCAGUGCCUGGCAACUCUCUUGGGCUCUACCAACAAGGCAGCUACUUCGCCGAGUCGGACCUCAACCUCUGGUUGGCGAAAUAUGCUCCCCAUGUGCCUCAGGGCACAUUCCCCAUUAACAACACUAUUAACGGAGCGUCCUACUCAGUGCCCGCUUCAAGUCAAUUGAACAGUGGCGAGGCGUUGAUUGAUAUCGAGAUGGCAACCUCCUUGAUUUACCCUCAGACAGUCACCCUCUAUCAAACUGACGACGACAUCUACGAGCCACAAGAAGUGGCUACAACCAACUUGUUCAAUACCUUCCUUGACGCUCUCGAUGGAUCCUACUGUAACUACACCUCAAAUGGGAUUACUGGUGACAGCCCAUCGAUAGACCCUAUCUACCCUCACAAGGUGCCCGGAGGUUACAAUGGGACAAGACAGUGCGGCGUCUACAAGCCGCUCAAGGCCAAGGUCAUCUCUGCCUCUUACGGCCAAGCCGAGGCCGAUCUCCCAGCGCCGUACGUCCGCCGCCAAUGCAACGAGUUCAUGAAGCUCGGUCUCCAAGGCGUCAGCAUCCUCUUCGCCUCGGGAGAUUACGGCGUUGCUUCCUUCCCCGGCGACGGCUCCGAAUCAGGCUGCCUCGGCCCCGACGAGCUCAUCUUCAACCCACAAUACCCGUCUGGGUGCCCGUACGUGACGUCUGUCGGAGGCUCGCAGAUCCGCGCCAAUGGCACGGUCUACGACCCAGAGGUCGUCAUGCUCGACAACCUCGGCGGCGACGCAGUCAACUUCUCUUCGGCUGGAGGUUUCUCCAACUACUUCUCCCGCCCAGCAUACCAAGAUGGCCACGUCCAGACGUACUUCCACCGCGCGCACCUCACCUACCCCUACUACUCCGCUCUCGACACCAACGUCCAGAACACGACGGGCGUCUACAACCGGCGCGGGCGGGCCUACCCCGACGUCUCCGCGAACGGGGCCCGCUUCCCGGCCUACGUCGACGGCGCGCUCUACCACUUCUACGGCGCCUCUCUCUCCUCGCCGCUCUUCGCCUCGGUCCUGGCGCUGCUCAACCAGGAGCGCGCCCGCGCCGGGAAGGGGCCGGUCGGCUUCGUCAACCCCGUCCUGUACAGGCACGACGACGUCCUGAAUGAUGUGACCGAGGGCACGAACCUGGGGUGCGGCUCGCAGGGCUUCAAAGCCGUCGAGGGCUGGGAUCCGGCUACGGGGUUGGGAACCCCGAAUUAUCCCAAGAUGAGGGCUCUGUUCUUGUCUCUGCCUUAG